ACUACUUAUUAGCCCCAAAAAUUUCAUAUUAAAAAUACCCCAUCUUUUACGCAUUUCAUGAGCAUUUCGUUCCCCUUCUGUCUCUAUCUCUGAAGUAAUCUCACACUUUCUCUCUCUACAUCUAUCAUCGCAGAAGAACAUUUUGACACUCUACAGCAAAGCCACAGAUAGGAGAGAAAGAGAAAAUGCAUUACAAGCUCUGAUAGUGGAUCUGAAAUUCUGAGCUGAGCACUCAUACAUUCAUUCAAGAUAUGGGGGUUUUGGGCGAAUCUUGGUGUUUCUGCAAUGGCGGAGGCAAGUCUGAGAGAAUGAAAGCCGCCAUUUUCUCCGGCAAAGGUCCAGCAAUGGCCACAAUCGCCGGUGGCGGCGCAGUGUCCGGCACCGGUUUCCUGAUCCACCGGAAUUUACUCCUCACCACUCACGUCAAUCUCCCGUCGGUGGCCGCCGCUGAGGCGGCGGAGAUCCGGCUGCAAAAUGGUCUCGCCGCUAGCCUUUUUCCUCACAGGUUUUUCAUCACCAGCUCUGUUCUUGAUCUUACUAUAGUGGGUCUAGAUGCCCUGGAUGGAGACUCAAAUAUGCAGGGGCAGCAGCCACACUACUUGAAAACCUCUGCUAAGCCAAAUCUAGAUUUGGGUAGUGUAGUUUACCUUCUAGGUUACACGGAGAAAAAAGAAUUGACAGUUGCUGAAGGGAAGGUAGUGAUAGCCACUGACAAUCUGAUAAAGCUGUCAACUGAUGGCAUAACUUGGAGCCCUGGGUCAGCUGGUUUUGAUGUACAAGGCAAUCUUGCAUUCAUUGUCUGUGAUCCUAUGAAGCUAGCCACAUCUCCAAACACAAAAUCUUCUUCAACUUCAACGUCUUCUUCAUCAUCUUGGAAGAAGGAUCUACCUAUGCAAUUUGGUAUACCCAUUCCCAUAAUCUGUGAUUGGUUAAACCAGCAUUGGGAGGGUAACCUCGAUGAACUCAACAAGCCCAAGUUGCCAAUCAUGAGGUUGAUGUCUGCCGGCCAGAAGAGUGACCAUUCUUGUGCUUCCUUCACAAUGCGGCAGGUUUUCAAGUCAACAGAGCCUGAAAAUGAAGGAACACCAUCAUCAUCAAAUGUAAUUUCGAAACCCAGGAAUUGGGCAGGACCAAGCUGUUCUGCUGUGGUAAAUACUCUUGAAGAUGAAACCCAAAUUACCGAUCAACAUGCUGCUACCCAUGUGCAGGGGAUUCCAACUCCAGAAAUUUAUGAAUCACCAAAAUUAACCUCAAUCCCUAUAGGGAAGAAGGAAAAUGCGCAAAUCCAGCUUUUGGAUAUUAAUUUCCCUCCAAGGGUUGCCAAAGGUACAGUCUUGCCACAGCAUGCCAAGAGACUGGUUCCAUACUCAGAUGAGAAUUGUGUCAAGGAAUUUCCCUUACUGCCCCAGUCGAGAGAAGAAGAAGAAUUCAGCGACAGAGUACAAACUGGUCCCAUGGCAGAUGUUGAGAUUGCCUCAUCAGGUUCUGUAAAUGGAGCCCGGAGCGAGGUCCAGUCAAGUUCGUCGCUGAUUGAGGUUUCAGAGGCACAUAAUGGGUAUGUCAGUGAGGGAGAGACUACUAUGUACUCAGCAGAAACUGCUGAAAGUCGUAAUUAUCCAAGCCCAAGGGAGAAAAGGUUUCAGCAAGUAGGUAGGAGUCAGAGCUGUGUAAAUUAUAACAGAUGGGGGCCUGUUCAAAGGAACGCCACGGCAUCCACAGCAUUGCUGGAAAAGAAGAGCUUCGCCCAAGGAAGGAAAAUCUAUUCACAAGGGGCAACUUCUCAGAGGAGUAACGACUACUUCAGCCCAACUGUUUCUUCAAUCAUGAAGAAGCGGAACAACUCAGAGCAGCAGCAGCCGAUCAGGCCCCGCCAAACUGCAGUUCACUCAUCUCCAAGAUGGAUGUUCUAACUUCUAACAAGUGUGAUGCAACUGGUCUCUUUUUUGGUUGAAUGCACAUCCAUUUAAUCUCCAUGUGCCUAUACUGUAAUUUUGUCGUGACUAAAUGUGCAGAACAAUUAAAAAUUAAUAAGAAAAUUCAGCAAGAAUGUUGUUUUCACUCGAAA